GCGUACUGACUGUGCAGAAGUGUUUGUGCAUGGGAAUCGGAGACCAUGGCCGUGCAGCUGGUGCCAGACUCCGCGCUCAGCCUGCUGAUGAUGACGGAGGGCCGUCGAUGUCAAGUACAUCUUCUUGAUGACAGGAAGCUGGAACUCCUAGUACAGCCCAAGCUUUUGGCCAAGGAGCUGCUUGACCUCGUGGCAUCUCACUUCAAUCUGAAGGAGAAGGAAUACUUUGGAAUAGCCUUCACAGAUGAGACGGGACACUUAAACUGGCUCCAGCUGGAUCGAAGAGUCUUAGAACACGACUUUCCCAAAAAGUCAGGACCAGUGGUUUUAUACUUCUGUGUCAG